UGUGUGUGUGUGUAAGAGAGAGAGAGGGAGAGGGGGGAAGGUGUUGGAAAGAGUAUUCCAACACCAAAGGUUCCACUUUUGUUUCCCCUUUCCCUCACUCUCUAUUUCCCCCCCAAUCCUAGGAUCCAAUGAUAGCCGGAAAAGUCAGUAAGAGCCUGCUGCUGCUGCGGAGUGAGAUGAAUGCAGAGUCGAGAGGUGAAGACAAGGCAGCUACUUCAGACAGUGAGCUGAACGAGCCCCUGCUUGCUCCUGUGGAAUCAAAUGAUGGUGAGGACACUCCCAGCAAGCUCUUCGGAGCCAGAGGUAACUCUGUGUCAGCUGAAUCAGGCACAAACGACUUGCAUCAGCCCAACCAGACGCAUCCAGGAUUUCCACUUGGGCCUCAGCCACUGCUUGCAGCACAACAGCUGGCAUCAGCUGUAGCAGGAGUGAUGCCAGGGGGUGGCCCGGCCCUCAACCAACCAAUCCUCAUCCCAUUUAAUAUGGCAGGGCAGUUGGGUGGGCAGCAAGGACUGGUCCUGACAUUACCUACAGCCAAUCUGACCAACAUUCAAGGGCUGGUGGCAGCAGCUGCCGCAGGAGGCAUUAUGACUCUUCCACUGCAAAACCUACAAGCUACCUCAUCCCUAAAUACACAGCUUCAGCAGCUUCAGCAUCUCCAGCAACUGCAGCACCAUCAUCAUCACCAUCAUCAUCAACAGCAGCAACAGCAGCAGCAAGGUCAACAGCACCAUCAGCAACAACAAUCUACAGUUCAACAUCAGCAAUCAUCUCAGCAGCCAUCCCAGCAAAUACAGCCUCAGCAAUCACAGCAGCAGAAUCAACAUCAGCAACAACAGUCACAGCAACAGAGUCAAACACCAACACAGAAUCAGAACCAACAGGCUUCAUGUCAGAGAAACUCCAGUUCUCCUCAAAAGCCUAAUCAGUCACCAGGACAUGGCCUUCCUUCCCCAAUAACGCCACCAAACCCACUGCAGAUGGUUAAUAACCCUUUAGCAAAUCAAGCAGCAGCGGCAGCAGCAGCAGCAGCUAUGGGGUCAAUAGCAGGUUCACAAGCCUUUGGAAAUGCACUUUCCAGUCUACAAGGGGUUACAGGUCAACUGGUCACAAAUGCACAAGGACAGAUUAUUGGGACAAUCCCACUCAUGCCAAAUGCGAUGUCAUCAAAUCAAGCGACAGGAGCUGCUCAGGGACUUCAAGUGCAGCCAAUUACUCCACAGCUCCUGACCAAUGCCCAAGGUCAGAUCAUUGCCACAGUGAUAGGAAAUCAGAUCCUACCAGUAAUCAACACACAGGGAAUAACACUUUCACCAAUCAAACCCGGACAACAGCUUCAUCAAACAGCACAGACACAAUCCAGUCAAGCAACUUCACAAGCUAAUCUUCUGCACUUGGCUCAAAAUCAAGCAUCUAUGUCUCAAAGCCCAGUACGUCAGGCUUCUUCCUCCUCUUCUUCAUCUUCCUCUUCUUCAGCUUUGAGUGUUGGCCAGUUAGUCAGCAAUCCACAGACAGCAAGUGGUGAAGUGGAUGGAGUCAAUUUAGAGGAAAUACGAGAGUUUGCUAAAGCUUUUAAAAUCCGACGUCUUUCCCUUGGACUGACCCAAACUCAAGUAGGACAAGCUUUAAGUGCUACAGAAGGCCCAGCUUAUAGCCAAUCUGCUAUCUGCAGACACACCAUCCUGAGAAGCCACUUUUUCCUACCACAGGAAGCCCAAGAGAACACUAUAGCUAGCAGUCUGACAGCCAAACUGAACCCUGGCCUUUUGUAUCCUGCCAGGUUUGAAAAGCUGGACAUCACUCCUAAAAGUGCCCAGAAGAUAAAGCCUGUCCUUGAGCGGUGGAUGGCUGAGGCUGAGGCCCGCCACCGAGCAGGUAUGCAGAACCUCACAGAAUUUAUCGGCAGCGAACCAUCAAAAAAGCGCAAGAGGCGCACGUCUUUCACACCACAGGCUCUAGAGAUCUUGAAUGCUCAUUUUGAGAAGAACACACACCCUUCUGGUCAGGAAAUGACUGAAAUCGCUGAGAAGCUGAACUAUGAUCGGGAGGUUGUUAGAGUUUGGUUCUGCAAUAAACGGCAAGCACUCAAGAACACAAUUAAACGUAUAAAACAACACGAGCCAGGUACAGCAGUCCCUUUAGAGUCUUUAACGGACUCAAUGGAAGAGAAUUCCUAAACCAUUGGGCUUGAACUUUAUGAUAUGCCUGUUCAUGAUUCUUGUAAGUAAAAAGAUAAAAACAAGAGACUGAGGAAACAGACUGAUGGACUAAUAAUGUAUUCAUCAGUUUCCCAAAUACAAUGCACACCACUCAGUGUGUAUGUGUGUUCGUGGUAGAAGUAGUCCUUAAAUUAAACCAAAAAAAGACAAAAACAAAACAGAAACAUUUUUAUGGACGUCACUUAAAGUAAACCAAAUAACCACAUUCAUUUGUUUUCUGUAUAUGAUGACAAUGCAAGCAUUAUAUCAAAACAAGAAAACCUUUUAUCUAUUUAAAGAGAAAGUAAGCCUGCCACCUGGAGGAUCACUUAUCGGCCUUCAGGUUAUACAAAAUCUUCAGUAUUAACCAAAGUCAAAAACAUGUAAUGCAAAACAAGACUGAUGAUCUGCUCUUAGAAACAUGUGAAAUUACAUGGCAUAGUUGUAUUUUUUCUAUUUCUUUCUUCUUAUUUUAAAUUGCUUACUAUCUGGACACAAACUUUGUUUAAUCGCACACCAAAAUUCAGUUGAAUAUGCAUAACCUAGAACAGUGUAGCUUAGAAUCUUUCACCUAGGGAAUGGGUUUGUUGUGAAAAUAAAACACAUUUAGUGCUGUUUGGAUAUUAGGGACAGGAUAAUUUGUCUUCAGAACUAGCUUUAAAAAUAAAUGAUAUAUAAACAUUAGCUACCACUGUAUUCAUCUUUACCACUGGUUUCUCGUAAUAUAAGAUACUCUAAACCUAGGUGGCCUUCACUGAACCAAGGGAUUAUUUACCAUAUUUAUUCUGAAUUUCCACUCAAUGAUAGGGAUAUACUGUAUUAACAAGUUAACAAGUAAACAGUUGCGCUUCAAACAGGACAGGUCUUUUUAAGGCCUGAAAGUGUUGUGUUACAUGUAGUUUGGGUAACAUUACUUCCUGUUACAAACCAUACCCAUUCAAUAUACAACAACAUGUUGGGGAAUAUCAAAUCAAACACCCUGAUGGCAGAAAAUGACAAAGUCAUUUUUGAGGAUGAAGUGAGACACUAGUGGCUAAAGGACUUUGGUCCAGUAGGUAGUUUUGCAUUCCAUUAAAUAUCCAGGUAUUUGAUUUGAAAAUUUUUCUGCCUCACAAAUGCAAAUAGUAAUUAUAAAAAUUAGCCAACUUUCUUUUGUCCCUAAUACCAUUGAUUUCAAAAAUCAUCACAUGAAGGAUAUGUAAGCUACAAGUGUGUGUUCCACAGCUAUGUUCUGCAUCCAUGUUUUGUUUCCUGUUAUUUGUUUUUAAAGUCUACUAGCCAAAGAAAAAUCCCUCAUAUUCUAAAGGGAAAUACGCUGUCAAUAAAAACCAAACUAGAUGGAAGGCUGAUGGAUUGUUUACCGUACUGUUUAAGUUGAGUAUUUGAAUAUGAAUGUGACCAUUUUUUUCUCCACAAUAUGCCUAUGUUAAAGAAUAGUGAUGAGCAAAUUUGUCCCAUUUUGCUUUGCCAAAAAAUUAAUGAAACAGCUGAUAAAUUAGCAAAAGAGGGAAAAAUUUGUGAAAUGUGGCUAACACAUGGCUUUUUUGGUGCAAACUCGACUUUUCUCAUGUGACCACAACAUUUUUGUGAGCAUGACUUUUUCACUCCAAAUACAUUAAAGUCAAUGAGUGUUUUUCUCUGCAAUUUUUUUUGUCACAAUGGGUUUUCAACAGAAUUUCGCAGUGAAUCCAUGUCUGGUGAAACAAUUUGCUCAUCACUAAUAAAGGUCUUAUAAGUUCUGGUCCAUAUAUUAUUAAGUCAUACAGGAAGUAUACCAUCAAUACAAUAUAAUUGUUCUAAUUUUGCAAACGUUUGUAUUGUGUUAGUCUUUAUUUUUACUGGUUACAAGGUUGCCCUUUAAUGUGGUCAAUUAAGGGCAAGACUCCACAGAGUCCUUUUAAGUUUAGAAAUACAAUAUUCCUAAGUAUAUUUAAGGCAGAAUUAUUAAAAGUACAUGAUUUUUAACCACAAAAAAAACCAACAAAAGCUAUUUACACAAAGCACACAUCAUUCAGUUUUUCUUAAGGAAUCAUUUACUGAUUAAAGUGUACCUACAUUUCUAGUGUUUUUAAAAUGGAUAAGCACACAUGUCCUCUUAAAAGCUUUCUCUAGUUAUUUUAAAAUAAGGUUACUAUUUAGGCUGAGGGCAUAUGGGUGUAUUUUCUGCUGGUGAAUUUCAGAUGGCAGAAAAUGAGCCCUGUGUCAGAGGAUAAUAUGCCCCCUUGUGCCAAAGCCCUUAAAAAUUCAUAUCAUAUUAAUACCACUCAUCUGCCACAGUCAGCCCCCUCAAAUGUCUAAAUUACUGGGCUAUACUGACAAAAAAAUGAAUAAAAAAUGUCAACCACCAGUUUGAAAUACAUGGUAAAACGCAGCACAGUGGUAACUUAUUUUAUAUUCUAGCAGAGAGAUGUUUAGGUUAGGGCAUUAUAUUGCACAGAUAAUCUAAUGAGGUAAGUCUUUGACUGGGAAAAGGACAGGCAGAAAAUGCCUGCUUUCGCAUUUUUGGGCCAACCUCAGGCCCGUUUCUAUGCGUGUUCCUGCAAGUGAGUGGAUGCUGUGCAGAUCAAUAAAGUGGCGUACAGGAGCAUAUCCGCUUCUCUCAGGCUGGAAAAAACACCAGGCUGAGAGCAGCGGAGCCAAUGCUCCGUGGGGCCUUACCCAUAAUACUACUAUUAAAAGAGAAAACAGAAUUGUUAUAAUGAUUUUUGUUCACAAAAUGUUCAAAAUUUAUGCUGAUCCCAUAUACUCUAUCUCACGGUUUAGAUGGAAUACCUAUGUAAACAUUCAUGUCUGUUUAAAUGACUUUGUAACAAAAACAGUUAAUCCUUUCCCUUGGAUUUACUUGUUAUAGAAGGGCAAAUUUGGAAAAUUCCAGUUAUUUAUGUUUUGGCCACCGAUAUGCUAAGAUUUUUUUUUUUUUCUAACAGUUUUAUAAUUUUGUAUUAUGUUUUUGUAUUCCUGAAAAUGUGCUGUAAUGCUUCCUAAAUUAAUUUUACUAACUUAGAAUGUUAGAGAUAUUAGCAAUUUAUUAAAUGAUGUGAGAUGUGUAUAUAUGUAAACCAUGCAUCUUUGUAAUCACUAAUUUACUGCAUAAAGUCUGCACAAUACGAUUUUGUAGAAAAGUAAAAGAAAAAAAAAAACUCUAAUCACAAAUCCAUACGUUUUACCUAUUUGGAUUAUUGGUCUUGAUGUUCUAUGUUAUUGAAUAACUAUGGAUUGUAUGAUUCAUACUAUUGUGUACACAUAUUUUAGUUAAGGAAAAAUGUUUAAAGUUUGGAGGCCAGUAGUCCAUUGUGCUACAUCAAUCACCUGUAGAUAGAGCAGCAGUUCCACUAGUUUGUUUAGGGAUAAAGAGAAAAUAAUGUGUGUAAAUAUUUAUUUUCCAAAGCUGUAAGGCUUGAUUUUGUAAAUGUUUAACCAUAUCCCCUUUUUGGAAAAAAGUCACACUCCAGGCUGAUUGCCCCACACAGUGCUUGUUUGUACAGGUAUGGGACCCGUUAUCCAGAAUGUUCGGGACCUGGGGUUUUCCGGAUAAAGAGUCUUUCCGUAAUUCGGAUCUCCUACCUUAAGUCUGCUAAUAAAAUGAUAUAAAAAGUGAAUAAACCAAAUAAGAUUGUUUUGGCUCCAAUAAUAAUUAAUUAAAUCUUAGUUGGAAUCAAGUACAAGGUACUGUUUUAUUAUUAGAGAGAAAAAUGAGCAGUGGCUGGCAAUCAAGCUGGUGUAAUCUCAUAGGAGCAGAUUUAUCAAAUGAAUAAACUGUAGAAUUACUUCAUUCGAUUUUCAUUUAUAGAUGAUUCGAUUAAAAAUUAAUAUUUAGCAUUACUUUAACCUUUAGGAAUUUAUUUCAGACCCAUAUAAUGGGCAUUCUGAGAUCUCAAACCCCACUGGAGGCUAUGGAUGGUGUAAAAACUUUUUUUAUCUUUUUUGCCAGUGGAUUAAGUAAAAACUGAUUAGAUUUUGAUUUGAUUUUGAAGCACAACCACAAUAUUCUGUAGUAUGGGUGUUGGUGCCAACCGUAGGAAGACUUAAGCUGGCCAUACACGUGGCGAUCUAACGAUAUUUCGUGCGACUAUCGGUCGCACGAAACAUCGUCAGA